CAGCAGUAGUAUUAUCCUGUGAGGCGGUGUCUCAGUGUCGUCCUCGUCCACCUGCUUGUCCCGCCCGCCUGUGUGUGGUAACAGGGGGGGCUUGUCCAGUGCUCCGCCCGCUCUCAGCCUGUACUGUGCCGCCUGGGUGACAGACAGCAGCGGGCAGGGGCUGCACUCCUCCUAGUGACCUUGUCCGGGGCUCAGCUGGUGCACACUGGCAGGAGGGGGGUCCCCGCAGCGCUUCACCCACCACAGCUCCUCCGCAGACACUAUGCCCGCAGCAUGGGCAGCGCUCCUCACCCUGUGCCAGCUGAUGUCUGGGGGCAGGGGCUUUAACCUGGAUGUCACACACACACUCGCCAAGGAUGGGGACGGGGGCAGCUUAUUUGGAUUCUCUGUAGCCCUGCACAAGCAGCUGAGACCGGAGCCCAUCAACUGGCUCUUGGUUGGCGCUCCACAGGCAGCAGCUUUACCAAAUCAGUUUUCAAACAGAACCGGUGGGCUCUAUGGAUGUCCGCUGACUGCAGAGGCCAAAGACUGUGUGCGGAUUGACAUUGAUGACGAAGUGGAUCAAAAUCGAGAAAGUAAAGAAAACCAGUGGCUUGGAGUCACAUUAAAAAGCCAAGGUCCUGGGGGGAAGAUAGUGACAUGUGCUCAUCUCUACGAGUCCCGACAAAGAGUAACACAAGCCUCAGAAACAAGAGAUGUGAUUGGUCGCUGCUUUGUCCUGAGUGAAGAUCUGACGGUCAGCGAUGAUCUGGAUGGAGGGGAAUGGAAGUUCUGUGAGGGUCGACCACAAGGACAUGAAAUGUUUGGGUUCUGCCAACAAGGAAUGUCAGCUGGAUUCACCUCAGACAACCAUUAUAUCAUGUUUGGGGCACCUGGAACCUACAACUGGAAAGGUGAGCUGCGCGCGGAGCUCUUUAACCAAACCAUUCUGGAGCUUGGUACUUACGAUGAUGGGCCUUAUGAAGUUGCUGGGGAAAACAGCCAGAAACCUGAAUUGAUCCCUCUGCCAUCCCACAGUUAUCUUGGUUUCUCAGUGGACUCAGGGUGGGGGGUGACAGGGCGGAACAAGCUGAGCUUUGUGAGCGGAGCUCCCCGGGCCAAUCACACGGGGGCUGUGGUUAUUCUGCGCAGGGAAGGGGGAAGCCAACUUGUUCCAGAACUGACUCUAUGGGGAGAAACUCUGGCCUCAUCCUUUGGGUACUCAGUAGUAAUGGAGGAUCUCAAUAAUGAUAGUUGGACAGAUCUGUUGGUGGGAGCCCCAAAUUUCUUCUCACGCAAGGAUGAGAUCGGUGGAGCUGUCUACGUGUACAUGAAUAAAGGUGGAAUACUUAACAGCUCUCCCCCUAUUCGGCUGAAUGGAACUGAUGGAUCCAUGUUUGGAUUAACUAUAGAAAGCUUGGGAGACAUCAACCAGGAUGGAUUUAAAGACAUUGCAGUAGGGGCACCAUUUGAUGGAAGUGGGAAGGUGUUCAUAUACCUUGGAAGUAAAACAGGAUUAGUGACCAAACCCGUGCAGGUGUUGGACGGAAUUAGCGUUGGUGUAAACACCUUUGGCUACUCCUUGUCUGGAGGUCUAGACAUUGAUGGAAACUCAUAUCCGGACCUUGCCGUAGGAUCUUUAGCAGACACUGUGGUCCUCUACAGGUCACGUAAUGUUAUCCGUGUCUUUAAAGAUGUAACCAUAACUCCACAAAACAUUGAUCUAGAACAACAAAGCUGCAAGCAUGGACCUGGGGUCUGUGUGGAAUUUAGGGUAUGCUUCAGCUACACCUCUUUUCCAGCAAACUACAAUCCCAAAAUCAUUCUAAAGUGUGUAUUUGAAGCUGAGACAAGUAGAAGGCAACAAGCAAAGGCCAGUCGGGUAUAUUUUGUACAGCGGAAACCCAGUGAUCCAGAAUAUCAGUCCAGCAGCACUGUGGAGCUUCACAAGCAGUCCUCCAGCCGCUGCACUACUGCAGUAUUCCAGCUACAGGAGGAUAUUAGAGACAAACUUCGAUCAAUCCCAGUCACUCUGACAUACAAUAUAGUAGAAGCACGGAAUAGAAGACAAUCUUCAGUGGAUUCUUUACCUACUCUUAUGCCUAUUCUGAGUGAAGAAGAACCCAAUGUCUACAACACAGAGGUACACUUCUUGAGGGAGGGUUGUGGAGAAGACAAAAUCUGUCAUAGUAACCUGCAGUUGAAUUACACUUUCUACUCUCGUGUGGGCAAGGCUGACCAGUUUGUACCCCUGCCUGUGGAGAACAAGAUUCCAGUGUUUUCCCUGACAGACCAGAAGGAUGUGGUGCUGAAGAUCACAGUUAGUAAUUUUCCAUCUGACCCUUUGCAUCCACACCUUGAUGGAGAUGAUGCUCACGCGGCUCAGCUCAUCGCCACCUUCCCUGAAACCAUGUCCUACUCCGGCGUUCGUCCGGCAGCUUUGGCGACGGACAAGUCAGUGUUUUGCGUUUCCAAUGAGAACGCAUCCCAGGCAGUAUGUGAACUUGGCAACCCUAUGAAGAGAAAUGCUGAGGUAACUUUCUACAUGGUUAUCAGCACACAGGGAAUUACUCUGGAGACCACAGAGUUGGAAGUGAUGCUAGAGCUGGCUACGAUCAGUGAGCAAAAAAACCUUACUUCUGAGUAUGCCAAAGCCAAAGUGAUUAUUGAACUUCCUCUGUCUGUCUCUGGGGAGGCCACGCCUAACAGACUGUUUUAUAGUGGGGAGGUAAAGGGUGAGUCUGCAAUAAAAAAUGAAGAUGAUGUGGGCAGCCCAGUGGAUAUUGAAGUUACCGUCUCAAACAGAGGAAAGUCUUUACGCACAUUGGGCUCUGCCUACCUAAACCUUAUGUGGCCACAUGAAUUGGCCAAUGGAAAAUGGCUGCUGUACCCAAUGAAGAUUCAUUUAAAGGAGAAGGCUCAGUCAGGCCGCACCAUGGAGUGCAGCCCCAUAAGUGCAGUCAACCCCCUUAGACUGGAUACAACGAGAUCAGACUCCAGUUCAUUGGUGCCCACUGCAAGUCAGCGUUCUGCAAGCCGAUGGUCGCUAGCCUAUCCGGCUAAGAAAAAAGAUGUUGUUUUGGACUGUGAUCAGGGAACCGCACACUGUGUAGUCUUUAGAUGUCCUCUGUACAGUUUUGACCAGCAGGUGGUGCUCAAUGUUCAUGGACGGCUUUGGAACAGCAGCUUUUUAGAGGAUUAUCCAUCUGGCAUCAACAUAGAAUUGUUAAUCCGGGCAAACAUUACUGUCAAGUCCAGUAUUAAGAAUCUUGUGUUACGAGACGCUACAACACAGAUUUCUGUGAAGCUGUAUUCCGACCUCGAUGUUGCGGUUCACGGAGGAAUUCCCUGGUGGAUUAUCCUUAUUGCAGUGCUGGCUGGCAUACUGCUACUCCUGCUGUUAGUGUUAAUCCUCUGGAAGUGUGGUUUUUUUAAGAGGAAAAGUUACCAGGAUGAGAAGCUCCCACAAUACCAUGCUGUGAAAAUUCCCCGGGAAGAGCGACCCAUGGUCCUAGAGGAGAAGACAGGGACCAUUCAAAAGAAAGACUGGGUGACAAAUUGGACUGAAGAUGGGUCUGCAAACAAUGUUUCAUAACGCCAUCUUUCUUCUUGGACUCUGACCCUUCCUGUGAACUAUCCUCGUAAUGGGAAGGCAGGAUCCUUUGGUUUUGGGUGGUUUCUUAUAGAUUUGGUUUUAUGCUGUUUUGUAUAUAGAGAAAUGACUAUAUUUGGAGCCAUCUCUGCUGCUUACAUUGCUAAGAUCCAUCAGUCACAUCUGUGGCAUCAGCACAUUACAGCCUUUUGGAGUGAAAUCAAGGGAAAUACGUCUUAUUGCAAAUCCAGAAUCUUCAUAGAAUAAUACUGGCUCCGACUGAAGAAUAGGAAAAAGUGCUGUGCAGCCUUCUAAAUAUGGAGACCAUUGUGGAUAUAUUCCUUCCUGCAGUCAUUGUCACUGAUACUGGUAAAUCACUGGUUGCCUGCAAGUCUACAGCCCGGGAGACUUUCAGGAUUGUACAGAUAAAUAGCUUGGACAUUGAUAGAAAAUAAUCACAAGACUAUAAAAUAGUAUAAAAACUUGACAUUAUGAAAUGUAUAUAUGUAAGAGUGAACAUUAGCUUAUAACCUCCACGCCCAGCUUGUACAGCCUGAACUUGUAUAGCAUUUCAAGUCUGAAUGGUUUGACCAUCAUGAGAUAUCUCCAGAGACUGGUCACACGAAUACAAGUCAGUAAUACUGAGUAUUAGUGAGUGCCUUUAUGGAUGGUUUACUGACAAUGUAGUGCAUAUCGAUAGCUCAAUUUUCAUGACAAUCCAGGUAAUACAUCUGCUGAUAUAAUGGUACGAUUGCUGACAUAGUCGUCAAGAUAACUCUAAUAAAGACUAAUUGUAUGAACUGUUGAUCAUUGGUCUCCAACCUGAGGCUCUUCAGCUGUUGGGUGAUUUUAGCCCCCAGUAUGACAUGCUGAUAGUUGUAGUUCACCGACAGCUUGAGAGCCACAGGUUGGAGAACACUAAUCCAAACCACUGUUACUGGUUCAUUUUUUAAGGUGUCUACAAAUAGAUAUUAAAAGAAGCCUCUUUAAACAGAGAUCGUAUAGAUCAUAAUCACUGCUCAUUUAAUAUGUCACUAUUGUUGGUUACCCAUAGUGUAAUGUUUUGAUUUGAUUGUAUGUAUAGGUAUUCUAAGGACCAACAUUGAUGGCGGAUAGACACCAGGACAUGUCUAUAGAGCUAAAGCUGAGAAACACUGGCUGAGCCAUAGAUGGAGUAUAGUUUUGUGUAUCAACAUGUUUUGAGCUUGUUUCUAUUACUGUACUAAUGGACUCACCUUUGACAUUGGCACUGUAGUUUAUCACAAAAACAGCCUUUACUUAUAUACAGUACACUUUCAUCUCUUCCACAAAUAGCAUUUAUUACUGCACACCUUCUAUAGCGGAGUUACGGAGCUUUGAUGACUUUAAAGGGGUACUCCACCCCUAGACAUCUUAUCCCUAAUACAAAGGAUAGGGGUUAAGAUGCCUAAUCAUUGGUGGGACCCCCGCGAUCUCCCUGCUGCACCCGGCAUUCAUAUAGAGCAUUGGGUGCAGUGCCGGAGGCUCGUGACAUCAGAGCCAUGGCCUCUCGUGGCGUCACGGCCACGCCCCCUCAAUGCAAGUCUAUGGGAGGGGGUGUGACUCCCAUCACAGCCCCUCCCAUAGACUUGCAUUGAGUGGGCAUGGCUGUGACAUCACGAGUCUCCGCCCUGCGAUGCCAGAGUCCGUCACAGAGCGAAGUUCACCGGGACCCCCGUGGUCAGACAUCUUAUCCCCUAUCCUUUGGAUAGGAGAUAAGAUGUCUAGGAGCGGAGUAGGUAAAUAUUAUGAUUGUUGGAACAUGUGCUCUUGUUAUGUAUGGGCACUCCCUGAGAAUGAACAAUACAUGAAUUACCCAUUAUAGUACAGAUGGAAUUCUGUAUGAUUGAACAUUAAAGAAGGUGUAUGUCAUUUUUAUAUCAGAAUUGUGGUAAUGAAAUAGCCGGAUCAUAAACAUUGUUUUGGCAGUUAUAUUGUAUUACUAUUGUUUUAUUAGCAGUUAAUACAAGCCAAUGGAUGCACUACAAUUCGCUUCAGGCAUCAAUUUAUAUCCUAUCAAGUGAUGACAUAGAAUUUUACCCAAUAGCCACUUUAGGGAAUCACCAGCGGUCCUUUGAAAAAUUUGUCCGACUUAAAAUCCCAUGCUUACAUACACACGUAUGAAAUUUCUAUAGCAAAAUAUGUACAUUGGGCUGAGUGCAGAGAGUGUUAUAUUGGUAAACAAUAUAUAGCAUUGGGGGGAGGAGAAGAUAUAUAGGAAGGAGCACAAUUGAGUGUAUUGAGCUAUGGGCUUGUACAGGGCAACACCCCUACAAAAAGUUUUCACUCUCAGGAAACCCCUAAUACCAUUCCUUCCACAGGAACGCUUGGUGUAAAGGUGGGUUAAGCAAUCUAUAUUUCUUGUUCUGGCUGAGUAGGCCCGAAAUCAGUUUGCCUUCUCGGUCGUAAAAGUGACAUAUCUUGUUUCUGUGUUCUGGGAACCUCUGAUCAGGACUGAUGGAACCCCGGUUGGGAAACACUGAACUAGUAAAUAAGUACAUAUUGUAUUUUUUCCAUUACAUCUUGGAAGACCGUACACUUUAAGUGCUAAAAAGCACCAUGAUCACCACAAUAAAGGAAAGGAUCAAUCUGAUCAAGUACUUUUCUAUAUUUUUAUUAUACUUGAUAGUGGAAGAUACCAACAUAAGAGCCAUUCUGUCUGGGAACUUGUAAAAGUCUACUGGAAAUCAACUGUGCCUUUGAAUAUAGAACUGAAUGCGUCCUCCGUCAAGUCUUGUACUCAUAGAUGAUCACUGUGAUCUCUUCUUUUCUCCUGUUCCAAUGUAAAUGUCAUCUUAACAAGGUGCUGGGGCCUUUACACUGGAUGUGAUAUGUAUAUGACCAGUGCAUACUGUAAUUUAUAUUCAAUAUUUUUGUCAUGACAAAUGAGGCUAAUGCAAAAACCUUAGAAAAUGGUUACCUGAAUAAAUAUAUUUCUACAUUAA